AUGUACUCGCCCGACAAGAUGAUGGGGUCAAAGGGGCCCACGGGUCUCCACGGGCCUAUCACCUCAUCUGGAGCUUGUUUUGCGGGAAGGUAUUCGCCUACUUACCGGAGUCCGGAGCCGAUGACGAGACGUUGUAUGCCGAAUCCGUCGGUAAGUUGAUAUCUUCCGUCGUUGCUAUUUGCUGAAAACUUUCAUUCCCCAAAUCGAAUACUAGAAGAUGCUUCGAUCAUGUGCAAUUCGUGGUCACCGAGGCACAAUGGCGAUUUAUUCUCCGGCCUCAACGAUGGGUUGAUAAGUCGGGCGGAAGCCUUGGCUGCCGUUGACAUCAAACACCAAGGAACCGGUGGACCAGGAGGACUUCCUCAGCUCAAACAUGACAUGAUGUAUCAUCACAGCAUGGGUGCGCCACCACCUGUUAGUCGACCACACCACCAG